AUGAGAGAAAAGAGUAUAAACGAUCUGGCAAAAGAGCUGGAACUGCUCAAACUUGAAAAUAGGAGACUUUCGGAGUUAAUAGCCACACCUACAGUGACAAGUCGAGAGACAAGCCAAGAGACAACCCCAGACCUAGACCUACCUCUUAGCCUGGAUGAAUACAAAAGAUACGGUCGUCAGAUGAUAGUUCCUCAACUACGUCUCAACGGACAGUUAAAAUUGAAAUCAGCCAAAAUAUUGGUAGUGGGGGCUGGUGGACUUGGAUGUCCAGCUCUGUAUUAUCUGUGUGGUGCUGGUGUUGGGACCAUAGGCAUAGUGGACCACGAUACGGUGGAUAUUUCAAACUUGCACCGUCAGAUACUACACUCCAACAAAACUGUGGGGAUGCUCAAAUGUGAUUCUGCGCAGAAGAAAUUGAACGAGUUGAAUCCUCUCGUUAUAAUUAUUACCCAUCCAGUGGCUAUAGCCAAUGACAACGUCUUCGAGAUCAUGAAAGACUACGAUUUGGUGCUGGAUUGCACAGACACUCCAGCCACUAGAUAUCUAGUCAACGAUGCAGCUGUGAUUUUGGGAAAGACCAUAGUUUCUGGGUCAGGUGUUAAAACGGAGGGGCAAUUGUCAAUUUUGAAUUUUUCACAAACGGGUCCGUGCUAUAGAUGUUUCUAUCCUUCUCCACCACCUCCUAACUCAGUCACAGCAUGCUCUGACGGCGGUGUUAUAGGGCCUAUAAUUGGGUUGGUAGGAACCAUGAUGGCCAUAGAAGCCAUCAAGGUGGUGACGGGAUCGUACACUGUUGAGAGUUUCCAGCCCUUUUUGUCGUUAUACUCCGGAUACCCUCAACAGUCGCUGAGGACUUUCAAGAUGAGAGGCAAGUCACCAAAGUGCGCUGUUUGUAGCACAAAUGCUACUCUGACCAGAGACAUGGUGGAAUCUGGUGCAAUCGAUUAUAGCGCUUUCUGUGGAAAAGUGGACUAUAAUGUGGUGGAUCAACGUACUGAGAGAAUAACGGUCUCUGAAUAUACCUCUCUCGAGACAAAGGGUUGUCUUUUGGAUGUCAGACCAAAGGAACAGUUUGAGAUUUGUUCACUUCCUGGAUCAGUGAGUAUACCUCUUGCCCAGCUACAGAGAUGUCAUUCCGAGGACCUGAAGGGCCUCUAUGAGCCAUUGUAUAUAGUUUGUCGUUACGGCAAUGACUCCCAACUGGCUGCUAGAGAAUUACGCAACAAGUUUGGAUUUGAAAAGGUCAAGGAUCUCAUCGGGGGGCUAAAUGCAUGGAGCCAGGAGAUCGAUGACACAUUCCCGAGGUAUUGA